UCAUCUCAUUAGUCCUCAUACUGUCAGGCUACGUGCUCUUCAUCCUCAGUUACCUGCUGUUGAAGGAAGAUAGGGGGAUGAAUGUCUGGAUCGGACUGGCAAUAGUGGGGACCAUCUUUGUCUCGCUGAACUGGUGGGAGAACUACAGCACCCUCUUCAAAAGCUCCUUCCUGGACAGUAUAUGCGAAGAUAUAGCGAGAUCCAGGAAUGUGGUGAGCAUCCUCUCCAGUCUGGUCCGGAUUCUUGUCACUGCAGCCGUGGUGGGGGCAUACGUCCCUCUGUCUGGCAGAGUCUGGUCAUCGGUGACAUCAGUUCCAGGGGAUGUGGGGUUGGUGAUCCUGAUCUUGGUGACCAUCCAGAUAGUGUCCUCCGCUCUGUGCCAUUGGUUCGUGGUGGUGGCUUGCAAAAUGCACGCCAUGCGGCGAAGCUUCCUGUUACCCAUGUACCUGGCCUCGUUAGGUGUUCUGGCAGCGUUCGUUGCUCCUGUCAUUAUCUUCUUCCAGAAUUCAAGUGACCCCAGAGGUGCUAACUACACCAUUACAGAGUACUGCCAGGACAUCACAUAUGGCAGGGGCCUAAGCAGCGACACUGUCUGGUUUGAGAGGCUAGUCAGGGACAUCACCCAUACCCUCUGUCCCCAGGACAUGACCAACCUAACAGAAAUGGGCCUCUUGGGAGGCUCUGCACUCUGCUGGUGGUUGGGUUGGAUUCUGUGCACAAUGUACAUCUGGUUCCUCCAGCUUCAGCGCAUCGAGAGGACACAGAAUCUGUUUGUGCGGAGGAUGUACGAGGGGGCCUUUCUGGAACAGUCCAUACUGCUCAACACGCGUUUUGAGAUUCAGAGGAAGAAAGAAUGCCACAGACAAACUGACCCAGUCACAGUGUACCUGUGUGCAACAAUGUGGCAUGAGAACUAUGACGAAAUGAUGAAAAUGAUCAUCUCAAUGUUCAGGCUGGACAAAUACAGGCCAAGGAAUAACUCCAACGAUGAUGUGAGCUUUGAGUCUCACAUUUACUUUGAUGAUGCUUUUAAAGACGUGAAAGGUAGUAAAGAACGGCAUGUGAACGAAUACGCAGAGGACCUGGUGGACGUUAUCCGAGUUGUUUACAAUAUCUUCAAUGAGGAGGAUUCAUGCAUCUUCAAAGAGAGCCCACCCCUUCCAUGCCAGAGGAUCCUGCACACCCCUUACGGAGGUCGACUGGAGUACACCCUCCCUAAGGGCAACCUGCUGAUGGUGCACUUUAAGGACAAGCUACUGAUCCGCCACAAGAAGAGAUGGUCUCAGAUUAUGUACUUGUACUACAUUCUCGGCUGGCGACUCACCAGGAAGUAUUUCAAGAAGUUUGAUCAGGGUGAAGAUGAGAGCGAGCUGAAGAAAAAGAUGAUGAAAGAGAAGGACAAUACCUAUCUACUGGCUUUGGAUGGGGACACCGACUUCCAGCCCUCUGCUGUAAUGCUCCUAAUAGAUCGACUGAAACGUUAUCCACGUGUGGCUGCGGCAUGUGGGAGGAUUCACCCAACAGGCACAGGUCCUAUGGUAUGGUAUCAGAAGUUUGAGUACGCGGUGGGCCACUGGCUUCAGAAGACUGCAGAGCACGUGUUUGGUAGCGUGCUCUGCAGCCCCGGCUGCUUCAGUCUGUUCAGGGGCGCAGCCCUCGCGGACGACAACGUCAUGAAGAGAUACACCACUAAGGCCACGGAGGCUAGCCACUACAUACAGUAUGAUCAAGGUGAAGACCGCUGGCUGUGCACUCUCCUUCUGCAGCAGGGCUGGAGGGUGGAGUACAAUGCUGCGUCUGACGCCUACACCAACGCCCCCCAGGACUUCAAGGAGUUCUAUAACCAGCGGCGGCGCUGGGGGCCCUCCACCAUGGCCAACACCAUCGAUCUGCUGGGCUCAGGGUCUCUGACCUCCCAGAGGAACAGCUCUAUCUCCAAACCCUUCAUCCUCUACCAGAUUCUCAGCAUGGCCGCCUCCAUUCUAGGCCCGGCUACAAUCUGCCUAAUGAUCUCAGGAAGCUUGUCAUUCAUCCUAGACAUCAAUCCCAACGUUGCUUUGGUCCUUGCAACAGUGCCCCCUGUGGUGUACCUGUUUGUCUGCUUCAAGCUGAAAUCGGACACACAGAUCGCCAUAGCAGCUGUCAUGAGUGUCUUGUACGCUUUCCUCAUGAUAGGAACGGCAUUGUCCAUCAUAGGUGCUAUGGUUGAGCAGCAAACCAUUUGGACUCCUAGCGGCCUGUUUAUCAUAGGCCUGGUGCUGAUGAACAUCAUCACAGCAGCAUUCCACCCCAAGGAGUUCCAUCUGGUCGUCUACGGCCUCCUCUACUUCAUCUCAAUCCCCAGUGGCUACCUCCUGCUGACCAUCUACUCCAUGGUCAACAUGAACAAUGUGUCCUGGGGCACUCGGGAGACAGGUGUCCAAGUCGCUGCGCCACCAACCAAGGCCAUCGCACAGCGCAUCCUACAGGCCAAGUGCUGCAAGUUUCUCUGCUGGGACAGUGGCAAAGUAGCAGACCAGAAUGGUCAGGUGCCAGAAACUGUUGUGUUGGCUAAUGAGCCAAAGGUGAACCCUAAUCUGACCUCUGAAGACAAUAACAGGAAUGUGGAAUUCCGUUCUCAUCAGUCUACUGAACAAAACUGGGUAACACAACUGCAGAAUAAGUCCUAUGAUUUCCCUCUAAAUGAAGAUUUUCUUGGGAAGGGAGAGGAGGACUUUUGGAGAGAGCUCCAGAAGCUCUAUUUGGAACCUCUAGCUGAGGAUAAAGAAAAACAGAAGAAAAUCACAAAUGACCUAAAGGAACUGAGAAACAAGGUGACUUUUAUCUUUUUCAUCUGCAAUGCCAUGUGGCUGGUGGCAACGUUCACUCUUCAGGCCAUUGGAUCCUCAGUCACCAUCAGAAUCCCAAAAUCCAAUCUCAAUCUGACUCAGACUAGGGAGUAUCUAUUUAUCGAUCCAAUAGGACUGAUGUUCCUUUUGGGAUUUGCAUCCUUACUGCUGAUCCAAUUCUUUGCCAUGUUCUACCACAGAAUUUACACUCUGAUCCAUUUUGUGGCAUUUGUGAACACGGAGUCCAAGACUGAGGGAAGACAACCAGGCGAUGACAUGCAGAUUCCUGACAUGCUGGAGAAAGAGCUCAAAUACGACAAAUUCUUUGACACAUUUCUGUCUAUAGAGAAUCCAGCAGCAAUCCAGCAACAUAACCAAGAAACUCCAGUGUGAGGUCUUACUACUGACUGUCUCUUAAUGGUAGCAGUUGCAGCUAAAAUAGGAGUAAGAGUCGGAUAGGGGCACUGCAGUUUUGUGUUAGAUGUUGCACAGUUAGAUAUAGUAGUAUUGAGGGAGAAUGUUCCAAGUAGUAGAGAUUAUAGAGAGUAUUUAUUUGAUAUAGUUAACCUUUGUUUAACCAGGAAAAGACCUUUGAUGAACCUCUUUUGCGAGGGCAGUGUGAACAUACAAUACAAGAGCAAAGACAGGGACAAAACAUUAAAAACAAUUGCAGCGGUCAACAACAUGUAUUAUAGCAUAACGGAGUAUAACAAUUGACUGUGAGUUAAAUCUCAGGGAAAUGUGAUAUAAUGUUAUCAUAUUGCUUUCCCUUUUUUGUCAAAUGCUUUGUUAUGAAUCACUUCCGAUUAGUAUUUAGGUUAGCAGUUAUACUUUUCCCUUUUGAAUGAAGAACUUUAUCUGUUUAUUGCACUGAUUUAUGGAGAUAUUUAAUGAACUUUUAGUGGAGUUAUGUUUGCUAUGUAUUUAUUAUGUAACUGAAUAGAACAAAUACAUUUCUUUUUUUAACUAGGCUAAGUCAGUUAAGAACAAAUUCUUAUUUACAAUUUAUAUGCCCUCUACACCGAUAACAAAUUGUGCUUUGUUUCAUUCUGCUAUCUGUAUUCUAAUCAAUGCGUAAUAAAACUAUAUACAUUCUG